CCUUCCUUUCCCCAUUCUCACUCUCGGCCUUCCUUCCACGGCAGCGCCACCCACUGCGCCUUCGCCGGCGGCGGAGGAGGAGGGAGGUGCGGCCAUGGGUCACGGUGUCAGCUGCGCCCGCACCGGCGACGAGCACGACUUCUUCCGGGCGGCGCAGCUCGGCGACCUCGACGCCCUGGCCGCCCUCCUCGCCGCCGACCCUUCCCUCGCUCGCCGCGCCACCCUCUACGACCGCCUCUCCGUCCUCCACAUCGCCGCCGCCAAUGGCCGCAUCGAGGUGCUCUCCAUGUUCUUGGAUCGCGGGGCGCCGCCGGACGCGGUGAAUCGGCACAAGCAGACGCCGCUGAUGCUCGCGGCCAUGCACGGCAAGAUCGACUGCGUGCUCAAGCUCCUCCAGGCCGACGCAAAUAUCUUGAUGUUCGACUCGGUGCACGCGAGGACCUGCCUCCACCACGCGGCGUACUACGGCCACGUCGACUGCCUGCAGGCCAUCCUCGCCGCCGCGCAGACCACGCCGGUGGCCGACUCAUGGGGUUUCGCCCGGUUCGUCAACGUCAGGGACGACCACGGCGCCACUCCGCUGCAUCUCGCGGCCAGGCAGGGGCGGCCGGGGUGCGUGCAGGUGUUGCUGGAGAACGGCGCCAUUGUGUCGGCUUUGACAGGAUCAUAUGGCUUCCCUGGAAGCACGUCGCUUCAUUUGGCUGCUCGUAGCGGGAACUUGGAUUGCAUCAGGAAGCUGCUUGCCUGGGGAGCUGAUCGGCUCCAAAGGGAUUCGGCUGGGAGAAUUCCCUAUUCUGUUGCGCUGAAACGGAACCAUGGAGCAUGUGCAGCUUUGCUGAACCCUACAUCAGCAGAGCCCAUGGUGUGGCCAUCCCCACUUAAGUUCAUCAGUGAGCUUGAACCAGAAGCUAAGGCUCUCCUGGAAGCAGCUCUGAUGGAAGCCAACAGGGAGAGGGAGAAGAAAAUCCUGAAUGGCACAAAGUACUCCCUGCCAUCCCCUUCGCCCGGUGAUGACAGUGCCGAUGACGAUGCAUGCUCAGAGGUGAGCGACACGGAGCUUUGCUGCAUCUGCUUCGACCAGGCUUGCACCAUUGAGGUGCAAGACUGUGGACAUCAAAUGUGUGCACCGUGCACGCUGGCACUGUGCUGUCACAACAAACCCAAUCCGACGACCCUGACACCGCCCUCACCGGCCUGCCCAUUCUGCCGGGGCAGCAUCUCACGGCUGGUGGUGGCCCAAACAAGGUCUGCUUGUGAUCCUGACAAGCCGUCAUCCCUGCAGCUCACCCGGAAGCGGUCGCGUCGAUCUCACAACCUCAGUGAGGGCAGCAGCAGCUUCAAAGGGCUACCUUCGGCCAUGGGCUCCUUCUCAAAGCUUGGCCGUGGCUCGAGCCGCAUGGCGGACAGUGACAGCAGCAACCUGGACAAGCCUGAGCACGAUCUAUGAAAGCAGAACAACGCACGGACAAUCGCCGCAUCAUCCUCAAAACAUCCGUUGGUAUCAGAAACCCAGAUGAAAAUCCAAUGGCUAAUUUGGAGCAACUUUGAUCCAUGGAAAGUUAAAUAGAUAGGGACUAAAUAAGUAGAACCCUCCACUCCCCAUUGUCUGUGUGCCCACCCUAUUUUUCGGCUUGCCGGGUUAAGCUUAGCAUAUGCAUAGGAGCUCUGAAAGACCAGAGAGAGAGUGAGUGAGUGAGUGAGAGCAAUUCAUCAUCAAUCACACAGUGAGUGUUGGUGUGGUUAAGGGAUGCAUGCAGCAGAGAUGUGAAACGGGGUUCAUGUUCGUCACCUCUAAAGUUAGCCUGCCAUGGCAUGUGAGCUCUGCGCCGGCCUGACCCCUCCUCCUCUGUGUGAUGAAUCAUGCCCCCAUUUUUGGCCCUUGUCUCGUGUUAUAAUGGUGCGAGUUCAUGUCCUGGUGAUGCUGCAGCCAUCAGCAGGGUGGUCCAUUGGAUCGCCAUGAAUUCAGCAGCUGCGGUCUCUGCCUAUGUGAUGACAUUGUAUGUACCGUACUCCAGUGUGUACCGGUUCUUUGAACUGUGGUGGCGUGUCACUGUCUCUGUCAGUGCCACUGUCCAUCGUCGUCCGGCUGUUACAGCCGGAUUGUUACUGCUAGUAAUUGGCUUCCUUCGUUCGUUCGUGAUGGCAUCAGCAUCAGAUUGUUUCUUUUCUUCAGGCUGAUAAAAUGAAGACUGUUGUUGCCUGUA